ACAUGUUGUCAAUGUAGCUCGUUAGCUUGCAGGACAAAUGGGCACUGCGGCUUGAAGUCUCCAGGAAGUUUGGGAAUUUAUCAAACGGAGCUGACUCGUUUAACCCUUAUGUCACAUGCUUCUACAUUGUCAUAUCCUAUAACCUAAUGUUUUAUUCAACAUGUAUGUUUCAGCCUUUGGUGCGAUAAAUUUGGACUCUGGCUAGUUCACCAUGCUUUGCUAGCUUGUUAGCUAGCCACCCAACCAACCACCAUCAUUUUCCUCGUAUCACGGUGCAUAUCACAUUGAAUUAGGCUACGUGUGUUGAAAUGGCACAAAGGAAAGACGUAUUCCAAUCAAAAGUCCUCAACAAGCUUUACCAUAAAGCUCCAACGGAGCAAAAUAAGCCUAACCCUAUUAAUCUUGUGGAGAUAUUGGCGAAUAAACCUGCUCUGAAAAGAAAAACAUUUCCGAAUUCAGUCAAAGAUGAUGGAGAGUCAUUAUCCAGCAGCACUGAUCCAGGCCUGCGGGUUUACACGGCCCUGCCUCCACCUGCAGACUACAGGGCGGGCCCCCAGGGGGAAUCCGUCACACAACCCCAGCCGGAGAGGAUAAAUAGUGACGGGGAAGCAGCUGCAGAGAGCGGCGACGACACAGACCAAGACGGACAGAGCGAAGACCACAGGAGACGCAGAAGAAGAAGGGGGAAAAAGACGCGGGCCCCCCGCGAACGUUCCUCCAUCGAUGGAACAACCGGGGCGGCUGAACCAAAAGCCAGACACCUCACACGAGACUCCAAUGCCACCGCUGAGGGGGGUGGGGGAGAUGGUGGUGGCGGCGGUGGGGAGCCCCUGAGCAGAAACAGAAGGAGGAAGCUGAAGAAGAAACGCCACAAAGAGAAGCUGCACGCGCUGGGCCUGGUGCCUCGGGCAUCGGCUCUGGAGUUCACCUAUCAGAGAGAAGGAGACGAGGAGGAGGAGGAGGAGGAGGAGGGAAAGAGUGCAGAUGAGGUGUCAAGGUUCCUCAGGAGCACAAUGGAGAUCUACCUGUCAGAUGGCUCAGUGCAUCCAGACCGGCCUACUCUGCCAACCGCAGCACUGCAGAAACUGCUGAGCAACGUGAUCGACGGAAGCGCCCCUCCGUCAGUCCUGAGGCUGCUCACCCGACUCAUGGGGCUCGUGCAGCGCAAAGAGGCUGGCAGGCUGGCCCAGGCCCUGGAGGACCUCUGCACCGCGCCCCUGGCUCCAGAAGAAACUGCUGCAUUGGUGCCUCUGUUCAGAUACUGGAUCACAGACAUUCUCCCCAUGCAGAGAGAUGCAAAGGAGUGACCAUCUGAGAACACAUCCGCAAGACUUUGAGAAUGAGACCCAGAGGCUUCUGAAGAACUUGAAGAGUAGCCAUGCCAAGCCAUAGGAAACACAAAACAAAAUGUAUUGGCCAAGUCAGGUCAGCUGCCAAUGCCAAUUUGAUCCAUCAGAAAUUCAAGCAAUACAAAUUCACUGUUGUUAAUGAGGAGAAGGUGCUAACCAUGUUUUUUAUACAAGUAUCUCUUGAGUCUCUGUUAGAUGUAUUCAGCAACACCUAAACAAAUUACUGCUUAAUAAACGGCUGCAUUUUGGUACCAUCCAUAUCUGUCUCACUUUUACGGAAAAACCAGGUUCCCCACAUCUUUGCCCAAUUCAAUCUUUUCUCCCGCCAUAAUUAAACUGUUGUCAUUAUCGACCCAAGCUUUCGCCGCACCGCCAGUCAUUAUACUUUUUCUUUUUACCAAGUGGUUGAUGCAGUCUAAAUUGGAUGCCUAAUUGUUAUUAGGAUCCCACUUGUCCUCCCCCUAUCGGCCUUCAAUUGCCAGAAAACCAAAUGUCAGUUGUGCUUGAAGAGCCACCCAGACUGCAGAUGUCAUGACAUUUAAAACCAACCGGCUAACUGGGUAGCUUGUCAUUUAGAUCGACACUUCACAAGAGCCAUUCCCAUUUAAGAGGGUGCAUCAUAAAGCCUUUUCAUCCCAUCUGGAAAUUGUUAAUGUCCUAUGUGAAAGACAACUUUGAUUAUGUUCUGAGGUUGUCAUUCGGGACAUCAACAUGAGAAAUAACCGAGGGAGUGACGUAACUGGUAUCGUACCCUUUUGAACCGGGUGUGCACCAACAAGCAAUGUGUGCAGAACCAACACCUCGCAAGAUUGAAAGACCAGUAAACAACUCCGGGGGAGAUCAGAGCUCAGACGGCUGACCUGUGGAUCUGCACAGUAGUCUGUCCUAAUAGGCCUGAUGGUGCGUGAGAGCCCCGCUUGCCAAGGGAAGAGGUCGGUGAAAGGGGAGAGAGGAUUAUCCAGGGUUGGCAGUGCCAUUAGACGCCUGAAGGAUUCCCGUAUUGCACAAAACCGGUUUGACAGGAAAAGUCUUCUGGGUUAUACCGCUUGUUCGUUUAAAGCCACCUGUGGCAAUUAACUCGUGACUUUGGUCAACAUUGCAGCCUUGCUGAAUUCUUACAGCAGAUUACUUUGGGGGGCCGCCAUUUGUGCCCUCCGUUGAAAAGCCACCCACCGCCAGAUGCCAGGCAUCUGGCAAAGGGGCUAAUGGUCUCAUUCUGGAUGCAUUAGCCGACAGGGACUACAAGGACGCAACCCACAUUAACCCAAAAUGCUUUGUUUGUAUGUAUUUCUUUAGUACACCACAUGUAUUUGUAGUGAUUGGCACACACUUGCUUUUUUGGUUAUUUUUUCGGUGGUUAAGUGAGGUUAUAUUAUUUUUAUUUCUUGACAUUAAUCUACAUUCCACGGUUUCACCACAGUGUUUAGAUUGUACGGGGAAGCACUGAACCCGUGGCCGCGGCCUCACAGAUCUCUGCGUCGUAUGAAUCAAUGAGGGUACGAGGUCAGCUCGGCUUCUCCGCUCACAGAGUUGAGGUGAAGGUCCGGUUGGCAGUUGUUCUUCCUGGACUGACUCUUUCCGGUGCACCGAGGGAGGCGUCCUCAGCAUAACCUCCUUGUAACCUCCAUAAGGACUCUGCUCAAGUGCUCAAAACCCCGAGGCUACCCGCGUCUAAGGAUGUUAAAGUCUCCAAAUGUGUGCUGACGCUGCAAACAUACGGAAAAGAAAUGGCCAAAUCAGCUGACACUGCAGAUUCAAGCCAUUCUUUUGUGUUUGUACUGUACAACCAAAACCUGUUGAACCUUUUAGAUUGGAAUCCCUUUAGUUACAGUAGCCCUGCUUCAGUUCAUUCAGAGGUAAAGAUUCUGAGGACAUUAGACCAUCAGUGACAUUUAGAAUUUGGUGACCAAAACAAAGGUUUCUGGUGGUUUCAAUUCCUUGAAUUUAUAGAAUUAUUAUAAAAGCAUCAAUAGGACACUGCAAUAUCACAUCGAAACAACCUCCUCAAUUUUUUACGUAUGGAAGCAUUGGAAUGCUAGUUAUUGUGUUAAUAAUGUGCUAGUAUUGUUUUUUGGUCAUUAUUUAUUAAUUAUUUAGUCAUUUAUCAUGAUAUUAUUUGUCAUUAUAGGAAAACAUUCUCAUGUAUAGAAGUGCCACAAUGUUAAUCAGCCUAGGCUAUUGUGUAUUUAUAUUGAUUUGGAUUUAAAGUAGUACAUCUCUCUUGUGUCCUCAAAAAAUGAAUAUCGCAAACAUAUAUCGUUCUUUCCUUAUUUACUGUUAUGUUUAUCUCCUCUGACCUUCCUGUGCGGUCACCUAUACUGUUUAUUGCAUCAUGGUCUUUAAUUUGAGUUUAAAGCGGCAGUAGAAAUCCUCUUUAAACUUUGCCAUACCUCAAGACACAAUAAUAUCUGUUCACAGCUAAUAGCCAGAUUCUACUGCAUCCUCUAUUUAUCAGAUGCACACAAAGUCACACAGGCAGACUUGUAAACAGGCAACACACGCACACACUCGCACAGUAGCAUGUUGCUGUCUGACUUCCCGGUCUGCUUAUACUGUUGUCUUCGUGGCCCUGCCAACCUCCUGUAAUCCACUUACCCCCUGCUGCCUGUGCGUUUAUGUCUUAUGUAAAGACCAGAGGGCGAUGUUAUAAGGCCGGCGUGCCAAGGCUGUCCUGCACUAGGUACAUGCUACAGGUAGUGGUGUCCACACCAACGAAUAAACACACACAGACACACAAAGGGCCAGUCAAGCGCCUCUGUCAGUGGAUUUCCUAAUCCCAGGGAUCCAGGCAGGGGAACUCCGAAAGGGGCUGAAUAACUCAGAGAACCAUCUUGAGAGACGUACCCGGGCGUCCUCACGCACUCCAUCACCAUGUUUUUCAGAGUGCCACGACUCACUCCAGGUUACCUCCGGUUUCUGCAGACCCAGGCCUGCAGACCAGUGUCUGUGCGGCCCCCGGUUGAAAGGACCCUCCCGGGCGUAGCGAUGCUGAUGGGGGCCCUGGGGAUCGGUAUGUGUGGUUACAGCUCCCAGCAGCUGGCCCUCCACCACCGGCCCUCCGCCCGUGUGCUCCAGUGGGCCGGCGCACACACCAGCAUCCCCUCGGCCGCCAUGAUGGGAGGAGCCAGCCAGAGGACCCCCUUCCUGGAUGUGAGCCGCCAGGCCAGCGCGUGCAUGGAGGUUCCCCCGCCCUCCUACGCUGGCGACAAAGUGGCCCUGAAGUAGCCUGGGUCCGAUUUCAAAACGACCAUGCCUCGUAGGUUUCUGUUCAGGUAAUGGUGCACGUGCACACCUUUAAUCGGAGCGCUGCCGGCCCGUGGACGCACGCGGCCCACGCUCCCUUGAGAUGUGCCUGUGCGGACCGACAUGAACUGGACCUGUGUGUGUUGGCUUGGAGAAUGAGUAGCGUGUUAGCUCAAUGAUCAAAUAGUGUCAGUUCCGGUAGCCGGUGUAAAAUAGCAGCAACCCUUCAUCAUCUAUAGCCAGUUUGGAGUUUGUUCCCAAACACUUAGAUUGGAAUGUGUUUGAUUUUACGCUUGAAAUUCGACAGAAGUUUAGAGUGGAUCUUAAAUAAGAUCACGUGUUUCAUCUACAGUCUGUGGCGUGUGUCUUGGUGAAGGCUGAGCGGAGAAAAAAGGAAAAGGGACUUGAUGCUUGGCACGGCUCUCAUGAACGCAGAUGGUGGUUGGCAGCAUGUCUCCUGUAUACCCUCCCUCCCCUCCUCUCACACACCCACUGACACACACACACACACACACACACACACACACACACACACCUACUGACACAAACACACACACCGCACACACACACACACACACACACACACACACACACACACACACACACACACACACACACACACACACACACACACACACACAUACACAACACACACAUGCCAGAAAUCCCUGUGCAACUGGGUGCCGGUGGCUCCAAUUGAUUUCGAUGGAGUAGAACCAGGUGCCGUUCAUCAGCAGGCCUUGGCAUUAAGCAUGAACUGGCAUGAGGCUGCCAUCAGGACUCAUUCACACAUCAUGGUGGAAGACAGUGGUUCCAGAAGAUUAGGUACAAAUCACCCUUUUUGGGAGCAUAAGAGAGCGUGAUGGGGGGGCUGUGAUAUUGCAAUCUGUACCAGUAACAGUGUACAGAGUGUAGUCUUUGUCUUCUCAAGCCAGUAUCUACUCUGUGUGUGUAUUGAUUCCAUAUCUAUCUUGAGAGCAGCUUGUACUUGACCCCGGUAAACAACAGUGCUGUAUAAAUACACCUCUGUGGAUUAAGGGUCCUAAUUCACCUGGGUAAGACAGCGAUGGCGGCAUGUACGGCAGAGAGCCUCUCCCUGCCUGAGCCUGGCAGCCUAAGCCAAUUUCCUCAUUUAGUAUUAGCCCUGGUGGAAAAUCAGCACCCCGGCACUUACGCACACACACACAACCACCUGAUCUUGUAUUCAGACUAAGUACCAACAAGACAGAGCCAGGACAGGACCUGACGGUUCCUGUGCAUCCCCGCCCUGGUGCCGUUCCCCCUGCAGUGUCCACCACUAAUAAGGCCCCCCGCGCUGCCGUCGGACACAGAGGUCCUGAUGGGUUCUGCCCUUUGAAGGGCCAGCCGGUGGGCUUUUGGCGAGACCACUGAGUGUGGUUGAGAACGCGUGCUGUGCCUUAUGGGGAUAGCGCAGAUGCGGUCUCGUUGUUGUUGUGCUUUUGUGGCACGGUUAAUGACCUGAAACUCAAUUAGCACUCAUGGGAGAGAUUGAGCGACGUUUGAGGAUGAGCUUUCGUGGUUGCUGGUUGUUGUUUUUUUUGGACGAGCCUGCAUCGGCGCAACUUUUUAACUCAGAGCCGGGAAACCACUCCUUAAAGAGUUUCAUAACGCUGAGGUCAGAAAGACCCAGUGAUCCAUUUCCUCCCGCUGCGAUGAAGACAUUGGUGUGUGGCUUUGAAAUGUGAGGAUUUUUGCAGGUUGGGAGACGGUAACACGACAAGCCAAGGCGACAAGGGCCUUGCUGCAAAUCGGUCCUGUAGUAGUGCCCUGACAAUGGAAUAAACCUCUUAUCCUACUAUCCUACCGCCACCCAGGUUCUAUAUCUAGUGGGUGCUGGAGUGUUUAAAUAGUGUCCGUUUAUUGCUCCCCCACAGGCCUCGUCGGGACAUGGAUGAGAGGGGGGUUGACGGGGUUUAACGGACACUCUCGAUGCUGCCAUGGUCUGCAGAAGGUGCAUUGAGCAUUAAAUAAAUGUAUUGAUCUCAAUCAGAGGGCGGGUAGUAAGGCUUCACCCACUGCACCAAAACAGCUGCUUCUCUGAAUUUCCCCAACUUAUGUUAGAGAACUGCUGACAUGACGUGAGACUGUAUGAGAUACAUGUUCUUAUUUUAACAUUGCAGGUGGAGGCGUUAUUUAAGAAAAGAGUGUUUUGCACAAACAGGAUGCAUAAUGAUUAAUGCGACUAAGUGAAAUUGUUUGGAGAAUGUUAUGUUUACGACUGUUGCACUAUUUGUCAUCCCCUGGCUUUUGCUAGGCCUAAACACAUAUAUUUUGAACAGUAUGCUGUAUUGUAUUCACUGAAAAAAAUCUAUAAAACGAUCAAAAGAA